GGUGCCACCUUCCUGGGAGAGGGGAGGUGGCCUACGAGGUGGCAUGGCGUCCGGGGGUGGCUCUCUAGGUCUCAUAACCUGCCUCUUGCUGCUUCAGCCAAAGCCCUGUGAGGCCUGGGCAGCUGCCUCUGUACUCUCUACUUCCAGUUUCCCCUCGGGGCUUAGUGAAGCCCCGAGGGGAAACCCACCGCCACCCACCAGGGUGCACACGUCCAUGGUGGCCUACAAAAUGCCCACCACGCGCUCUCCUUUCGCGAACUUUUCCUUAGUGUGUGGCCAACCCUUUAUGAAGAUCAUGGGAGGGGUGGACGCUGAAGAGGGAAAGUGGCCCUGGCAGGUGAGCGUUCGGGUCAGACACAUGCAUGUCUGCGGAGGCUCCCUCAUCCAUCCCCAAUGGGUGCUAACUGCAGCCCAUUGUAUUUACAGCCGAAUCCAGUACAAUGUCAAGAUGGGCGACAGGAGUGUCUACCGACAGAAUACAAGUGUGGUGGUUCCCAUCCAGAAGAUCUUUGUCUACCCUAAGUUCUCAACCACUCUCGUCGUUAAAAAUGACAUUGCCCUUCUCAAGCUCGAACACCCGGUGAAUUUCACCGCUAACAUCUAUCCUGUCUGCAUCCCUAGAGAGACUUUUCUCGUGAAAGCUGGAACCAAAUGCUGGGUGACAGGAUGGGGCAAACCAGAUCCAGGUGCACCACAAGUUCCGACAGAAAUUCUCCAGGAGGUGGACCAAAAUGUCAUCCUUUAUGAGGAAUGUAAUGAGAUGUUGAAGAACGCUACAUCAAGUUCUCUUGAUCUAGUCAGGAGAGGCAUGAUCUGUGCCUAUAAAGAAAGAGGAAAGGAUGCUUGCCAGGGAGAUUCUGGAGGCCCAUUGUCCUGUGAAUUUGAUAACAGAUGGGUGCAGGUAGGAGUUGUGAGCUGGGGCAUCAGCUGUGGUCGCAAAGGACAUCCUGGAGUUUAUACAGACGUUGCCUUCUACAGCAAGUGGCUAAUUGCCGUGGUGAACCAGGCUGAUUAUUUACAUCCAGUGGUCUUCCUCACCUUACUGCUGUGUUUGCUGACCUUGUGACAUCCUGUGAACACGGUGAUGGCUCAUCUCACUCCCAUCCUCUUUAGAGCCCCUCUCGUUUGACCUUCCCAAUGCCCUUUCUUCAAAUCCCAUUUGGGAUCUCUUGCCCCAGAGAGAGCCACAGUGAAAUAUGUCAGGGAUCUGAGGGACUCCAAGGUGUUCUGCCUGGUCCUCUGGUCACCAUCCUUGGCCACAGUGCUCCUGAGUUGUGCUCUGCCUGAGGAAGGUUAGUCAAUUCCAGUUAGAAGGCAAACUGCCCUGCCAGGUAAAUGGCAGUGACCUUGGCAAGGAGGGGCAAGUGCCAGGCAUGGCUGUGGUCUCAGGGCUCUCACCUCAGACUCUGCCACAUUAGAUCUAGCUUGGUGAUCACACACACACACACACACACACACACACACACACACACAGAGAGAGAGAGAGAGAGAGAGAGAGAGAGAGAGCGAGAGCUCUUAAGUGUCCUAACUAUAAUUGUUUUCUCUAUAUAUCUGUAUCUAUGACUUUGUGAAGUUACAUUUCAUAUAGAAUGUAAUUUGUAACCAUGUUCAAAGAUAAAGUGAAAUUGGAAAAAAAUUAAGAAACUA